GCAGAUUCGGAACUUAAUAACCUCCCUGCUUUUUUAUUUAUCAUUCUACUAUGGCACCAGCAUCAUCAUCAUCAACAACAACAACAACAACAACAACAACAACAACAACAACAACAACAACAGUAUCUUCAACAACACCAGCAUCAUCAACCACAGUGGCACCUACAACACCAGGACUGUCCCUGAGGCUAGAAGGCACUUACAACUACUGCGAGGGACGUGUUGAAGUUUAUUAUGAAGGCGCCUGGGGGACAGUUUGUGGCAACAACUGGGACAUCAAGAACGCCCAGGUUGUCUGUAGGCAGCUUGGCUGCGGAGAUGCUCUCCAAGUCGUUCCUUGGCCUCGGUUUGGUCAGGGGUCAGGCCGAAUCCUUCUAGAUGGUGUUCAGUGUCAGGGAGAUGAAGCCUUCCUGUGGGACUGCAAGAACCGUGGAUGGGGAGUCCAUAGUUGCACUCAUCAACAGGAUGCCACUAUUCUCUGCCAAGAUGAAAUCUAUAAACCAACUGGAACUGUAGGGGAUGUCCUGUCUUUACAGCUGGAGAAUGGUCCCAAUGGGUGUGCUGGUCGCAUUGAAAUUACUUACUUUGCAAGCUGGCGGACUGUGAUUUGCAGUGAAGGAUGGGACAUAAAGGACGCUGAAGUUAUCUGCCAGUAUUUUGGCUGUGGCCAUGCUGUGGCUGCUUUGACCAAUGGCUUUUUUGGAGAAGGAAGAGGUGGCCCUUUGAUGACAAAAGUAGAUUGCUCUGGUGAAGAAGAUUAUUUGUUUUCUUGUUCUUAUGAGUAUCGACCUGCUACAUGUGGAAACUACAAGCAUGCUGGUGUUAUAUGCUCAGAUUCUGGAAUGACAAUACCUACACAUGCACCAUCAUCAACCACGGUGACACCUACAACACUGGUGACAUCUACAACACCAGCAUCAUCAACCACGGUUACACCUACAAAUCCAGAACUGUCCCUGAGGCUAGAAGGCACCUACAACUACUGCGAGGGACGUGUUGAAAUUUAUUAUGAAGGUGCCUGGGGGACUGUUUGUGGCAACAACUGGGACAUGAAGAACGCCCAAGUUGUCUGUAGGCAGCUUGGCUGCGGAAAUGCUGUCCAAAUUGUUCCUUGGCCUCGAUUUGGCCAGGGCUCAGGCCGAAUCCUCCUAGAUGGUGUCCAGUGUGAGGGGGAUGAAGCCUUCCUGUGGGACUGCAAGAACCGUGGAUGGGGGGUCCAUAGCUGUACUCAUCAACAGGAUGCCACUAUUCUCUGCCAAGAGGAAAUCGAUAAACCAACUGGAACUGUAGGGGAUUUCUUGUCUUUCCAGCUGGAGGGUGGCCCGAAUCGGUGUGCUGGUCGUGUGGAAGUCACUUACUUUGCAAGUUGGCGGACUGUGGUUUGUAGUGAAGAAUGGGACAUAAAGGAUGCUGAAGUCUUCUGCCGGCAGCUUGGAUGUGGCCAUGCUUUGUCUGCUUUGACCAAUGGCUUUUAUGGGGAAGGAACGGGUGGCCCUUUGUUGACCAAAGUACAUUGCUCUGGUGAAGAAGAUUAUUUGCUAGAUUGCUCUCAUGAGUAUCGGCCUGCUACAUGUGGAAACUACAUGCAUGCUGGUGUAAUCUGCUCAGAUUCUGGAGUGACACCACCUGAACUAAAAGACUUUGAAAUACAGCUGGUGAAUUCUUGCAGCCCUUGUGAGGGGCGUGUCGAGGUUUAUUACAAUGGCACCUGGGGAACAGUUUGUGAUGAUGACUGGGAUAUCAAGGAUGCACAAGUGGUUUGCAAAGAGCUUGGAUGUGGAGAUGCGGUUUCAGCUCCAGGAGAGGCUCACUUCGGGGAAGGCAAUGGAAAUACCUGGCUUUCUAACCUUCAAUGUGAGGGCACUGAAUCCUACCUUUGGCAGUGCGAACACUUGGGUUGGGGCAUCCAUGGCUGCCACCCCGAAGAAGAUGCCAGUGUCAUCUGCACAGGCCCCCACUGAAAGACAAAGAAAUUACCUUAAGGAAAUAAUCAAAACCUAUCAGAAUUUGCAAGAUACGUGAUCCAGAAAUCUUAAGCCAGAAAACAGCCAUUGUUUGGAAAUACGUUUGUAUUGUACUCUUCAGAUGCUCAAUUUGGUUCCUACUAUCAGAACUUUUUUGGGUGGAGGGGUCCUCUUUUGGACUUCAACUCCCAGAAUACUUUUUCAAAUCACUGAUUACUAAACAAGCCAAAAGCAGAACAAUAUCCAGUGGCAAAUGUUCUUCAAUAAAAGCAAUUUGAAAAGA